AUGCUGUGCUACCGGAAGCGCACGAGAAAAGAGCUGAGGGAGGUGGCAUGGGACCAGUGGUUGUCAAGUCCUAUCCCUAAGGCUGGGUGGUCGCCAUUUGCGUGCCGGAGUUGCUUCCGCGAGGGCGAGCCUGUCCCGCUUCAUAGACGUCUCGGUUGUGAGCACACGUUCCCGGAUGAGCUCAAGGGCCUGACGCCGGUGGAGGAGAAGCUGAUCGCGCUGAACUCGUGCUACGGAUUCCACGUCAAGGGCCACAUCACGGUGUUCCCAAACAACGUACAAGAGCUGGCGACGGACGUGCUGCCGCACCCUCUCUUCCAGGUAAUGGACGAGAUCCACGUCUCGUGGCAGGGGGCGCUAAGGCCGACACCGAGCGAUCUGUCGAGUCUCCUAUCGGUGAGGCGGCGAGUCGUCGAGAGAGCCCUUGUCUGGUUGAAGAGGAACAACCCCCACUACGCCGCGAUCGAGAUCGACGCGGCAGAGAUGGAGAGCUGGGGAGACCCGGCCCACGGGGUGCCGCCGUUGGUGUACGAGCGCCUGGAGCGGAACGAGCCGUCGGCGUGGGAGAAGACGCGGACGGCGCACGUCGUGCCGCCCACGGAGCGGGCCAUGGACGACGAGGGGGCGGUGGAGAUCGAAGAAGUCCUCGCCAUGCUCAACCAAGGGGAAAGCACGACGAGUCGCGAGGCCGGCGAGCCAGAGGCAAGCGAGGUGGACGAGGUGCGUGGUCAGAGCUGCGGCGAGGCCGAUGAUAAUGCGAAGACGGUCAACGAGGUGACCUCGUCAGGGAUGUUUGCGUUGGACGGACCGCCCGACGUGGCCGACGUCGACAAGCUGCGGUUCGCAUGCGAUUCCGUUCGCCAAGGCGCAGCCGACGACGGUACGGGCCCGAGGACGUGGGUCGAAUCCUCGGCAAGGGGGCAGCCGGGGCACGUCGAUGGUCCUGAACCAUUCAUCCAUGUCCGCCGCGGGGAUGAAUUCGCCGACUCGUUCGAAGCUUCUUUCUUCGCAAAGACCUUUCCCACGCUAUUACCAUUCGGUGUCGGAGGGCCGCGGCCGGUCGAGGAAGCAAGCUCGCAGUUGGGCAGAGGCUCGGUCAACACGCGCGCGGCGGCGGAGGCGGGGGCGCAGGACCUCCUGUCAUCCCGGAACAUGAGCCUUCGUACGUGGGCCGACACGGUGUUGCGACGCCACGGCGGCCGGUUCGCGACGCACCACAUCUUCGCAUUCCUCGUCUUCAACAUGGGCGUGCGGUCGAGGAACCGCCGCGUCAGCAUGCUGAGCGUGACGAGGAAGAACUUCCGCAAGGUGGAGCGCAUCGUACGGUCGCUGACCGCAGACGGGUUAGCGGCAGCUAGAGCCGAGCUGGAGAGCACAGGCAAGACGACCGACGACGGCGUGAAAGAGCUUCUCAGGAGCCUCUCGCUCUAUGGCUAUCGUCAGCCCAUGUCGAGAGAGCUCCGUCUCAGUAUGCGGCACAAGAUCCUGGCGCUCAUCGUCCGCUACGGCGUGCCUGCGAUCUGGUUCACGAUCAACCCAAACGACAUCACGAACCCGGUGAAGCUCCGACUGGCAGCGUACCGCACGCGCGACCCUGAGGCGGCCGAGGAGUUCCUGCGGAGCCUCGAUAUGUCGUUCAAACGGGUGAGGCUGUCCGUCUCCGACCCGAUGAGCUCAGCCAUGUUCUUCCACCGGGAGAUGACGCUGUUCUUCGAGCAUUACGUAAAUGCAGGGGAGUCGGUGUUCGGGCGCAUCGGCCACUACUACGGUGCCGUGGAGACCAACGAACGAGGAUCCCUUCACGUCCACGGGCUGCUCUGGUUACACGGAAACGCGCACCUGAGCUCCAUGCUUUCCGACGCCCACGGGGAGGAGCAGGCGGCGUACCGUGAGCGAAUCAUCCGCUAUGUCGAUAGCGUCUUCUGUGAGGACUUGGACCAGGAAGGCUUCUGCGCCGUGCAGGCGGAGCGUUCGGUGACGUCUGACGUCUCAUCCCUGCUGGACAGUGCCGAGCAGUUCUCGGCCGGAUUCGAAGAGGAAGCCAACUUCUGCGCCGGCGCGACGCAGAUCCACACCCACAGCCCGACAUGCGUCAAGUACUCCCUGGGCAACAAGGGGCGAAGGGGCGACCUCUGUCGCUUCAAGGCGCCAUGGAAGCUGGUCGAGGAGACGACGCUCUCACAGGACGGCGUGCUGCGGAUCCGCAGGACGCAUCCCAUGGUGAAUCGGUGGAACAAGGCCAUCGCCGUGGGGCUCCGCCACAACCACGACAUCUCCUUCAUAGCGACGCAGCGGAAGACCAUGGCUCUCGUCUAUUACGUGACGAAUUACGCGACCAAGGUAGAGGACCCGACGUGGAAGCGCGUCGCCGCGGCCGCGGAACUGCUGCCCGUCGUCGCAGCAGGUGGCCAGCCGGGUGCCAGGAGGAUGCCGGAAAUGGCGUCGAUAUUCACGGAGCGCGCCCUGUCGCAAGUCGAGGUCGUCGCCCAUCUCCUGGGAUACCCGAGCGAGUUCACGAGCAGCAGCGCCUGGGCGUACCUGAACGUGUCGGUGCUCUACUGGCACGUCUCCAGGCGCUGGCGACACCUUCGGCAGGAGAGCGGCACCGCGGUCGCAGACGUGUCCGUGGACGAGUCGGUCGCCGUGGAGGAAGCAGGCGAGAGGAUCAGCUUCGCCGAGGCGUACCAUCAUCGCGGACACGUCCUACGAGGCUUGUGCCUAUAUGACUAUGUUUCGCUCGUCAGGCUCCAACGCGUCGGCAAGGACGGGUGCUCCGGUGCCUGGGAGAGCAAGGAUUUCGAGCAAGACGACGAGGAACAAUGCCACCGCCGAGCAGCCGUGCAGCAUCUUGCCCUAUUCGCGCCGUGGGAGACCUUUCUUAGCGAAGAGCGAGGCGACAUCAACGAGAUAUGGAGGCGCGCACGAGAGCGGCUUCCGCCAAGAACCUCGUGCCUCGUCGAUAACGUUCAACUACUCCGGCGGUCCGCCGAGGACGCAAAGCGAGACGCCAAGCAAUGGGCAGCGUCGUCCGGCGACGGGGAUCCGGCCGGCGCACCUGGCGAUUGGGGAGGAUGGGGAGGGCCGGGCGAGGCGGACCGCGAGGCGGGAUCCGCGUACCAGUCCGACAACGUCGGAAACGCAACGCGACUGAUCGAUGUCGUUAGAAGCGCGACCGGCGCGAACCAGAUCACGGCGGGGUCGCGGGAGCUUUCGGGAAUGAUGCAGCAGCUCUCCCGCUUCCAGCAAUCAGCGCUAGCCUCGACGGCCGAGCUCCGGGCCACCGUCGUGACCGAACGGGGUGGGGGGCACAUCAACAUGCCCGGGCAGGUGUUCUCCGGGGCUGCAGUGCCGCCGCAGGAUCAGGUCAAGGCCAUCAAGUCGCAGCAGACAUGCGCCUCCAGAGAGAGGGUGAAGAUGAUCCAGGGCAUACAAAGCAUGGCCCCGGCCCACGGUACCGAUCGCGGCGCAGCGGAGCGGAGCGUGCUCGCCGGCUUCGGGGAGGAAGACGUCCAGGUGACGCGAGUGGAAACCGAGGAGAGGGCAGGCGAUUGCCUUCUCCAUAAUAUGCCGCCACCUGGACUCGAUGCGGCAGGAGACGGAGGCGACGUCAGCCAGCUCUGUCAGUUCGUCGGCGGCGAGGGCGGCACCGGCAAGUCGCGCGUCAUCGAAGCACUCGUGGGCCUCUUCGCCGCGAAGGACCUCUCGCAUCGCCUGCUGAUCACGGCGACGUCGGGGACCGCCGCCGCGGGGCCGGGCGCGAACACGGCGAGGACUCUCGGAUGGACUGGCAGGAUAGGACAUGCUCGUCAUCGACGAGCGGGACUUCGGCGGAUCCCCAUCGUCCUCUUCUGCGGGGACUUCCACCAGUUCCGCCCGGUCCAGGAGAGGUCGAUCCUGCUGCCGAGCGCGGCCGUCUCGUGGGACGAGGACAACUCGUUCAGGGCCGAGCAGCGCCACCAGCACGACAAGGCGCACGCGCUGUGGAGGCGGUUCACGACGGCCGUCAUGCUGGACGAGCAGAUGCGCGCCGCCGGCGACCCGGAGCUGCAGCGGCUGCUGAAGCGGAUCCGCGGGGGCGUGCAGGACCACACGGACCUGGAUCUCCUCAACUCGAGGAAUCGGUGGAACCUCAACAUGGAGGCGAGCCUGGCGUUCCAGAUCCAGCAGCGGUCGACGGUGCGCAUCUUCCUCUCCGAGCACAAGUGGAAGGACGGCCUGCCGACCGAGGAAGAGGCCAUCAUGAUGCUGAACCAGGGCGACGACAGCGCGAUCCCGGUGCCGGCCGUCUUCAUGUUCGUGCCGGGGAUGCCGGUCGUCGUGAACCACAACACCCACCAGGGGCUGAAGCUGGUGAACGGUGCUAGCUACACGGCGGUGGAGGUCAUCGUCGACAAGGCGCACCGGGGCAUCGGAUCUCGGCCGACAUGA